UAAAAGAAAGAACCCAUAGCUUUCUCCUUUCCAAUUUAUGUUUCAACAUUUUGGACACUAAGCAUCACAUUUUUUCGUAACGAAAACAAGUCUCGGAAUUGGAAAGUAUAAAAAGGAUGUCAGAGCAUGUCUCUGGGAUGUCGGUUAGAUGCUCAAGCUCAGAUCCUUAAGACAAGCGCGGCUGAACGCGUCUGAUAAGAUUACUGAUAACGUCUAUCCCACUUAUCAGUUUGUAGCUUUCAAGUCCUUAAUUUAUUCAGAAUAGCGAGAGACUUAUGAGUGAGAAUGGCGGACCAAAGCGAGUGUGCGGACAAAGUGAAACCAGUGAAAUGGUCUAUAAGGACUACAGUUGAAAUUCCUAUUUUCAUAGGAUUGGUCGGCAAUGCUAUAAUUGUGACCGCAAUAAAAAACAUAAUAUUGCACAGGACGUGCGAGCACGCUCUCAAUAAUUCUAAGGAGGAUUGCGCGUCGUUCCUGUCUCCAAUCAGGACCAACGAAACCAGCGCGUUGGAGCAAGAUGUGCAGGAGUACGCCUCGAAUGUCCUAACAGUGCUCUCCAUGUUAGAGUAUUUAGGUUCCGCGAUAUUGUCCACCUUCAUAGGGGUCUGGUCGAACACGUAUGGACGAAGGCCACUACUUAUAUGGCCGUUCUUGGGUCUGGCAGUGGCGGCGUGUUUCGCAGCCGCCUACACCAUCGACGACAGCUGGGGGCCAUGGUGGUCCGUUGUGGUGUACAUCCCGAUAUGCCUGUCAGGUGGCAACAUUGUGCUCAUGAUCGGUGGAUACUGCUACGUCAUCGAUACCAGUGAACCGAAGAAUACGGCGAUAAGAAUGAUAAUUUUAGAUGCGACGCUUUUGAUGAGUACCAUAGUCGGAUCUUUUAUCACUUCAUACCUAAUAUUGGCGUUUGGAAUAGUCAAUGCAUUAUUAUUUUCUGCUGGCCUCAAAUUGAUAGCGUACGCUUUCACACACUUCUUCAUAGAAGAGAGCCUGCCCAAUGCCAAAAAGGGCGGACUUACAAAAGUGUUUAAUAUAUCGUACGUCAAAGAUGUAAUCGUGAUUUGUUUCAAAAAACCCUGGUAUAGACGAGCCCAAAUAAUACUGAUAUGUGUGCUCAAAUUCAUCAUCGUUGUGUCCUUAUCGGGAGCCGAUGUGCUCGAAUACUUCUACACGAGGCAGAAAUUGCAAUGGGCAUUACAAGACUACACUUUCUAUACCGCUGCAAGUACAGCGGCGACUUUUUUUGGUGGCUUCAUAGGGGUUAUGGUGGUGCAGAAGUUGUUCAAACUCAACGAUAUUCCGUUUGUAAUGAUGACGCUGAUUUUGUUAUUCGCGGAGUUCAUUAUCAAGAUGGUCGCUACUAGAACAUGGCAUAUGUAUUUGGCCUUAUCCAUAUCAUUAUUCAAGAAGAUGUUCGGACCGAUCUUGCGGACGCAUCUCCGGAAGAUCGUCCCAGCGGAUGACAUAGUCAAGGUCUUCGCUUGGAUGUGCACCAUACAGAGCGUCAGUCCAGUUCUGUCCCCUGUGAUAUACAACCCAUUAUAUGCAGCUACCCUGGCUACAUUCCCCGGCAUAAUAUAUCUCCUCAGCGCGAUACUGAUAAUGAUAUGUAUCGUGAUACUCGGAUUUGUGUACUACUUCUCAAAAAUCGGUAGUAAGCUUGACAAGGAGUGUGGUAUAAGUAACGAAACCCUUGAUACCACUGCCGAGAAGGUAUGAAUGUGAUCUCGAAAUUGAUCUUGUGUCUAACUGGUCCCGACGAAUGCCGAGAAAUUAGGCCUUCAAAAAAGUUCCUACUUCAUAUUACUUGGGCUGUUUAUACACGAAUGCUGCAAACCACGAAAAGUAAUACCCAUCGAGAACAUCUCAACAUGACUUGCCACUGUUAAAGUGUAGUGUGUAGUUUCUGUUCUAAUUAAUUAUUGUUCUAAGUCUAGUGGUCAAUUAUAUGACAUAAGGCCAAUACGUAAAAACAAUUGAUAAGAUUUGUCCGCCUUUUUGCGGUUUUCGGCAACGCGUCUUAGGCUGAAAACACACCGAAAGGGCAGCGGACGGUAGCUCAGUGGCGAGCGAUUUUUAAACUUUAUCUUCAUUACUGUAAUACAUAAUAUUAUCGCUUAUGAAACUUGGAAAGUCCGCCACUGCCCUAUGCUGCCAGCCGAUGCCGUUUCGGUGUGAUUAAGCCUUGAAAGUCCAAGCCACCAGCAUGCUUAGCAUGAGCAUAGUAGAAAUAGAAAAGACUAGACAAAAACAGUUCGACAAGUGAUCUAUCAUUUAGACAAAGUGACAGAAAAGAAAGAAACUUUCUUUGAUGGCCGUGCUAAGCCUGUAUGAGUCAGUCCACAUGGCGCGUUGCGUCGACGCAGCGCUGCCGUUUGACGC